AACAAAAAAAAACACGAAUCUGAUUUAUAGAAAAUGUAUUGAGUAUUAAGAACUAGACAGCCGACAGAUGAUUCUUGCUGGCCGAUGAAAUGUUAACAGCAUUUAGUGAAAAGAGAAGAACAUAUCCUGCACAAUGUGCUAUAUAAUCAUAACAGGUGGCAGUUUAAUAUGGUUUUUAUUAACUUUAAUUGCUGACAUGUUAAUAGCGUCGGCCAUAGUAACACCGAAAUGGCUUAUAGGACCGGCAGCUUACACCUUCGCAGUCACAUCGCAAUCUUUGCAACACGAAAAUGUGACCAGAUCAACAACAAUUUCUGAAACGCCAAUAACAACAGCCACAACGACAGCGGUGCGUUAUCCGUCCGUAGGUAUCUAUACACGCUGUAAAGCCAUGAAAGAUAUUGGUUUUCAUUGCGGGCCAUUCGAUUUGGACGGAUUCGCGACGGAUAGCAGUAUUUAUCCAACCGCGUGGAAAGCAUCCAUGUUUUUUAUAUCCCUGGGAUUUGUUUUACUUACGUUGACCGUGUUGUGCACUUUGAUAUCGUGUUGCCGUCAAUCGGUAUUUGGCAAAAGUAUACAUAAUAUGACUGCUUGUGCUCAGGUGAUAGCAGGUAUUAGUGUUAUGCUAGCUUUGUUUUUACAUCCCGUGGGUUGGUCGGCUGCACGUGUACAACUCUUGUGCGGACCUGAUGCUGAGCCGUUCUACGCGGCCGGUUGUUCAAUAGGCAUAUCAUUUUAUUGCGCCGCUACAGGAAUUUUACUCUGUUUUAUAUGCGCUGGGAUUAGUAUUAAAGCGGAAUCUUCAAAUAUGCGUUCCCAUGUUAAGAGACGCGUCGAGGAGGGUGAACGACUUGUUUGUAUUCCAUAAUAUGUAAUUGAAGCUACCAUGAGUCACAACAACAAUAAUCAUUAUAUUGUUGCUAUCUAUAAAAAGAAAAACAGUUGAGAUGAACAUGUGCGUAUAUAAAUUUUAUCAAUUUGGGUUAGGAUUUGUCAUCAGUAGAAAUAAAAUAAUCGAAAUCAGCAUUUCUCAACUAAAAUAAAAAUACUCCCAAUACAAUUUAGUCAAAGAUUAGUUGUGCACUUAAACUGUGACGACGAUAAGAGAUUUUUCGAGAAAUUUUCACGAAAAAGUUUUCGAAAAUAUAUUCAAAGAUCUUUUAAUAUUUUCUUUUUUUGCAAAAA